AUAAGCUGCCAACGAAUGUCCAGCGGUGCGACACUACAGUAGUGUAUUUUUUAUAAAUUCGCGUUUUUUAGUGUUCUAUGCUUCUUUUUUUCAAAAUAAUGCAUAUAUAUUUAAAUAAGUUUAACAUAAUACCUAUUCCGUAAAUAAGGACUUUAAUUUUAAAAUAUAUAAAUUGGAAAAGUCCAUACAAGUACACUGUUGCCGGUCUCUUUCUGGUUUGUACUAAAUGUCGCAUGAGGCCAUUUCUUAGGUCAGCAUUUUUUAUUUGCGUGUAGUCUCAUAACGAUGUGGAAAUAAAUUUACACAAAAUUUGCUUACUGCUUUUAAAUUACAUAUUUUUUAAGUAAAAGGCUCUAGAAAAUACGUACUUUUGGGUAAAAACAAGUGUUUAGUAUGACCGAUUCAUCUGAACUUUUGGCAAAUGAGACAAGAGAUCUUAAAAGCGCGAUCGAAAUCAAUAGUAGAUCAGCAUUGCAACAUGACGAUCUUAAACAAAAUGAUGAUACCGCUUCGGUGAAGGAUAGCUGUUCUGAAGACGUUUGCAAAUUUAUCGUUAAGACUACACGUCCAAAUUCAAAACUGAUACUGCAAAAUAUGGAAGAAGUUUUAAAUUCUGUAAAAAAGAAACAUAGGCAAAAGCAUAGAAGGAAAAGGGAGCGAAAAAAACUGGCUCAAAGAGAAGCUGCCGCAUUAGCCGUGGCUACUGCAGAAUUAGAAAAGAUGGAUCGACAUGGCAACCAGAAGGUUGUCCAUGAUUGUCUCUCCGGAAAAUCUGAGGAUGAGGGGAAAACGCAUAAUAAACGACUAAAAAAUAAACCUUUACAAGAAAAUUCUGUUCAGAAAAAUGACCAGGAAGUUUCUAAACAAAGCAGCUAUAAAAGUACGGUUUUAAAUAAUAAAAGUCCUUUAAAAAGUUCUUCGGGCAAUGGCGAUAUUCUGCGACAUUUUCAACGCACACCUAAGAAGAAUGAACCCGCUUUAGAUAAUGUAGAAAAAAGAUCAGAACCAAUUGUGAAUACAAAAGAAAUGAUUACGGGUGGAACUUCGGCAGCUGGAGAUCAGACUAAAACCAUGAAUGCUUUUGAGGUAAUGAUGAAUGCUAGAAAUAAAACGAUCGGUUCGAAUACGCCCGGAAAAGAAACUUCACCCAAUACGAGUCAUGAAUCCACAGUGAAUACUAAGCGCAGAUUAAUGCUGCAAGAAUGGGCAGAUAAAAAAGGUGGAACAAAACGCAAGUUGGAAGAAGAAACACGGGCUAUGUUUGUAGAGCAACAAUUGGAAAAUCGUGCAAAACGAUUGAAACAAAUGCUCGUGCAUGGAUCAUCACCAAAUCAGGAUAAUACGCCUACCAGUCGAACAUCUGCUGGUAGAAGGAAAGCCAAGAAAAAUGAUAAUAUAGGUACUGUAGCAAACCAAAGUGACGAAAAAUCAAAACGCAAGAAGCGGAUAUCAAAGCGAUUCGAUUCUGUGGAAUCAAAUAAUGAUAUUACAGAGAUAGUGCAGCCAGACCUAGAGACUGAAGAAUUUUUAUCUAAACUUAAUUCUCCCACAAAAAAACGGGAUAGUCUCUUGGGUUAUUUCCCUCGAAAAGAAUCGCCAACAGAAAUUGCUGUUAAAAAGUCUAAAGAAACAUUAGAAAUAAAUAAAAACGACUCCAAAACAGAAACGCCGAAAUCACGUGCACGCCGCUCAAUAAAAAACUGUACCGGGCUAGCCGUUGCAACCACUACCACUAUUGCACCAUUAAAAGAAGAAACACCACAGCCCUUAGAUCUUCAGAGAGCUGUUGAAAAUUCGUCAAGCGCAAGACCAAAGCGGUCCUGUGCGGGAAAAGCUCGUUAUGACUAUGAUUUGGAAAUCAGUCCGACCAAAUUGGCUCCAGCUUCACCUUCGACUAAAAGAGGUGCCACCAAGACAAAAAAUAACACACUUAGUGAACAGGAUAUAAUAAUAGAUUUAGAUGAUAGCAAUACGUCAAUUUCCACGGAUCAAAUAUCAAAAAAACUGGCGCCAGUUUUUGUGCGUGCUGUUCCAAAACCUAGCCCAGAUCCAGUUGUGCUAAAGGCACGACAGGAUUUUCUUAUGUCGGGUGUUCCAGAAAAAAUGCGCUUGGAAAUAGAAAAGCAAAAGCAAUAUGAACAAACAUACGACGAAGCAUUGGAAUAUUUUCCACGUAUUUGCCAUGUUCAACAAUUAAGUGUUGAUGACACGCAAUUUUUACAAAUGCAACGCGAUUAUAAUUUGAAAUUGAAGCCGUCUGAUGACGAUGUUAACUUUGAUAUAAAUACUGUUUCGUCAGAGAUAACAAAUUCAAAGGGUUGCAGGCGUAGUUCUCGCAGCAAUACAGGCAGCACAAGAAAAAUGAAGUUAGUUGCGAAAGCUAAUCUAUGUCUGGAGAAACUGAAACCCCCAAUUAGUAUCCCAUUACAAAUACUUGAUAACAGAAGGGCUGUAGUAAAAUUCUGGAAAUCCGAAUUUGACCGUUUUCCCACAUUCAAGUGUUAUAAUCAAAUGCGCGAAAAAUAUCGGUAUUUUAGUGCCUUGGAUUCGGCACAAAGUAUGGAACAAGUAAGCGAAUCGUUUGUGGUAACCCGUCAAAGCCAGCGUAAACGUAAUUCGGAAGCAACAGGUGCUAUCUCUGAGCAGGAUGAUGUAAAGCCACCAGCAACAGCACCGAAUGGUGAGCUGUUAUUUACCGAAAAGUAUAAGCCGAUGCUAGUUGAACAAGUGCUUGUAAAUCUUGUACCAGUCAUACAGCUACGUGACUUUCUUGCGACUUGGGCCAAUAGUAAUGGCGGAAGUGCACGUAAUUCACAAACAAUAGAUGACUCCUUUGAUGCGUUUAAUGACUCGACUUCCAGUAUAAGCAGUGUGGCAAGUAACGCUGUGGUGCUUUUGGGGCCAGUAUCAAGUGGCAAAACGAAUGCAGUAUACGCGCUUGCAAACGAUAUGAAUUUCAAUGUGCUGGAAAUAAAUGCUGGUAUGAAGCGUACAGGAAAGCGUUUAAUACAAGAAUUACAGGAAGCAACACAAUCACAUCAAAUUCGUAAAGACUCUACACCUACACAAAGUGCCAACAAGGCGCAGAAAAAUUUACUCCGCAUGUCACUGAAUGACAAAAAAGCAAAGAGACAAAACUCCCAAAGUCACAUGGAUGCCGACAGUAGCAGCAGUUGUAAUGCAGAUAUUAAUCAAAAUUCGCGAAAGUCUCUUAUACUAAUCGAAGAUGCCGAUGUGGUGUUCGAUCAAUUGGACUGCGGUUUUACAGAUGCCAUCUACACAUUGGCAGCGAGUUCUAAACGCCCGGUCAUUGUAAUGGCGACGAAUCCCAAUUGUUUGCAUUUGCAACGUUUGAUGAAUCAAAAUACAAUAUAUUUCACGCCGCCGAAUGCACUAAACAUAUCGCGUUUCAUGGCUAUUUUAUCACUAAUUGAAAAUUGUCCCAUUAAUUUGGAUGAUUUGGUUUCUCUGUAUUUAUACAAUGGAAAAGAUUUGCGUCGCACACUGUUGGAGUUGCAAUUUUUCAUACAGAGUGGUGGCGAUCGUAAGCUGAUAGCAAAUACAAAUAUUAAAAGUGAACCGCAACAGCGUACACCACAGAAGGCCGAUGGCACAAAACGUGAGUUGGGAUUCUUUGCAUCGCCCACAAAACGCCGCUUAUCAGAAGAAGGGAAUUCACAGCAAUCUCAGGAACCAGAUGAGCAACUUGGCAAAGAUCGAGUGAAUGCUAAUGUCAAUAAUAAAAAUGGUUCCAACGCUGAUGUAUACAUACAUCGUUCUUUGUUCGAAUUUUUCACUUGCAAUCAAAAUGAACAAUGGCGCAUACCGUUUCCGGUUGAUUUCAGUUUGUUCCGCGUUAACUUAACCGAAAUGUUACAUUGUUCGCAAAGAUUGAAUGUGCCACCAAUACAUGAAAGCGAGAAAAUAGAAAAUCUCACUGAGAAUGACUGUGAAAAAAAUGGCUCAUUGAAACGCAAAAAACGAACACUGAAGAAAACUGGGAUCAACAGUUCCGCAACUGAUAUCGAAUCAGAUUAUCAGCAAACGACUAAACCUCUCGAUGUUCUAUGUGAUUUCUAUGAAAACCUUUCAAUUGCUGCGCUACUAGGCACACAUAAUGCUGAUAUAACGGAAGGCAGUCGAGAUGCAGUUUGUAGGAAUUUACAUACAGGAGGGGGCGUCGAUGUUGGCGUCGAUCGGCUUUUGCCACAUCUGUCGGAGCAUAUUGCACACGGGAUAGUGGAAGGGGCGAUAAGUGUGAAUUUGGCGGCGAAACCUUGCCCGUAUAAUCUUUUCAAUACGCCAACAGAACGGCUUUCACUUUGCGACUACUUGAACAGCAACGUAAUUAGUUCGCAUAGCCAACGCAUGAGAGCUUUAGAUGUGGAACCAGCAUUGCGUGCCAUCUGUCGCAGUGAGAAACAGCGCGCCAUGCAGGAGCGGCGCUCAACUCGUUUCUAUCAUUACUUGCGGUUUUGUGCAGUCAAUGUUUCUAGCUUUUCAACGGAGCCCUUUGAUAAAGCCUGCUCGAUAUUGCGAGACAAUAAAAUGGCAAAUGACGAGGAAGAACUAUAAGUUAAAUGUCGAAGGUUUAAGGUGUAAAGCCCGCAUUCGCACAACGUUAACUGAACUGUAUUUUUUAAGUAGCACUGUUGAUUAGGGAAUUAUUGCAGUAUUUUGCCUUCUGCAAAAUUAGCAAGUUAAAAGGUAAAUUAUGAGGGAAACAAUUAGGGACACCGAGAUAAAUAUUAAACAAAAAUGUAGAUCAAGUGUAUUUGAAUAUGCAUUUAUUGGCAACUUACACUUAGUACACUUAUCUAUAAUUAUUUUAUUUAUAUUAUAUAUUGUAACGUAAACUAAAUUUUACUGUUAUGUAUAUAAGAACUAAUUCAGCAACACUAUAUAAUGUAGGUAAAAUAAAUAAAUAACAAGUUAUUAAAUA